GUCUGCGCUGUGCACCGAAAACGACCACUUGCUGGGAUUCUCUCAUCUCCCUUCCCCUUUCCCCAGUCCACUUCGACUGCUCUGGGAAGUACAGGUGCCAUUCAUCUUUCAAGUGUAUUGAACUGACUGCUCGGUGCGACGGGGUCUCCGACUGCAAGGGCGCGGAGGAUGAGUUCCGUUGUGUGCGCGUGAUCGGCCAAAGAGCAGCGCUCCAAGUGUUCUCGGCCGCUGCAUGGAGGACCAUGUGCUCAGAUGACUGGAAAAGCCACUACGCCAAGAUUGCCUGUGCCCAGCUGGGGUUUCCCAGCUAUGUGAGCUCAGACCACCUCAGAGUGGACGCACUGGAGGAGCAGUUACAGGGCAACUUUGUGUCCAUCAAUCACCUCUUGCCAGAUGACAAGGUGACCGCGUUACACCAGUCUGUGUACAUGAGGGAAGGCUGCACCUCAGGCCAUGUGGUUACCUUGAAGUGCUCAGCCUGUGGCAUGAGAACCGGCUACAGUCCACGCAUUGUGGGUGGAAACAUGUCCUCGCUCGCUCAGUGGCCCUGGCAGGUCAGCCUCCAGUUCCAGGGGUACCACCUAUGCGGGGGCUCCGUCAUCACCCCUCUGUGGAUCGUCACUGCUGCGCACUGUGUUUACGACCUGUACCACCCCAAGUCCUGGACUGUCCAGGUGGGUCUUGUGUCCUUGAUGGACAGCCCUGUGCCCUCCCAUCUGGUGGAGAAAAUCAUCUACCACAGCAAGUACAAGCCAAAGCGGCUGGGCAAUGACAUCGCUCUCAUGAAGCUGUCCGAGCCACUCACCUUUGAUGAGACCAUCCAGCCUAUCUGUCUGCCCAACUCUGAGGAGAACUUUCCCGACGGGAAACUGUGCUGGACCUCAGGAUGGGGGGCCACAGAGGAUGGAGGUGACGCCUCCCCUGUCCUGAAUCACGCAGCCGUCCCUUUAAUUUCCAACAAGAUCUGCAACCACAGGGACGUGUACGGCGGUAUCAUCUCUCCCUCCAUGCUCUGUGCAGGUUACCUGAAGGGCGGCGUGGACAGCUGCCAGGGAGACAGUGGAGGACCCCUGGUGUGCCAGGAAAGGGGACUGUGGAAGUUAGUGGGAGCAACAAGCUUUGGAAUCGGCUGUGCUGAGGUGAACAAACCCGGGGUCUACACACGCAUCACCUCCUUCCUGGACUGGAUUCAUGAACAGUUGGAGAGAGAUCUGAAGACUUGAAGAAGAGGGAACAAGCCAGCCCCCUGAGCUCCUGAGGGUGGACACAGCCCGAGCCUUCCCUGGACUCCUGUGUGGCCAUGUUGGAUGCGAGUACCUGAUUUUACUGCUCUGCCAUUGCACUGAAACGGAACCAGUGGGAAGAGCAUCCCCCCAACCCUGACUCCUGGAGUUGCUUGCUGCUAAAGCCCCUGGGCUUUGGAGCUGGAACGACCUUGGAAGCCCCUUCUGUGCCUCAUGAACCAACUCAUUCACACAAGUGUCACCUUUCCCUGCCACCACCCUAGAUUUUCUCCUCAGAGUUGCUGCCAACACAGGCAAGCUCUCAUGCAAACCCAUCUAUCACCAAUUGGUGCAGCUUCGAGGCCAGGAACAGCUCGUGUGGAUGGUUGGAGACGCAGACACUUCUUUGUUCCUAGCCCCAGGCUCCAGAUCUCAACCCAACUGUCUGCUUCCCAGAGCUGGUUUCCGGAGUGGAGAACUUGGCCUGUGACUGAUUCGCCCUGAGGUUUCGCUCCACUGUUUCCUCACAGGAUUUGGUGCUUGAUGAAUUCCUCGCUUCUGGAAGGUGUCCCUUCGCUUAUCUUGGCUCGUCCUCGGGCUUGAGUGACUGCAUGGUGGUGGGUCGUGGACACUGAAGUCAUGGGCUCACAUCCAAAGCCCAUUCUACACAUGUCAGGAGUUUGCAUUUUCCUGUUAGAACAGGUUUCCCAGAUAUCAGAGGUAUUCCAUAUUGCAUCGUGGGACUCAUAAGCAGAGUUGGGGACAUAGAUCUGGACACUAAAAGCAAGUUGAAUAGAGGGGUCCUAAGUUAUCAGGUCUGUCCCCCUCUGCCCCCCAUGCUCUCUGCUAAUGGACUGCAGCCAAUGGUAUCUGGGCCCCUUUUACAUGGUUCACAGUCCUGUGGUUCCCAUAUUACCAUAUAACAGAGGAGGGUUAUGUGAGACAUAGCCAUUGGUCAUUCAAGCUUGUCACAGAUGGAGUCUUCAGAGUAGGAAUCAGUUGCUUUGUGGCUGCAAUAGAAAGUGUGUGCGUGCAUGCGUGCGUGUGUGUGUGUGUGUGUGUGUGUGUGUGUGUGUGUAGUGGGGGGGCACACCACCAAGACAAACUUCCACAUAGCCAUUGUACUUUGACUCAACCUGUCCAGAUUAGAGCCACUACUUAGAUUUCUGUGAAUAGAACAUUGUCCUAAGACCCACAGUGGGUGCCUGAAAGUAUAGGACAACUCUGAGCCCUAUACGGAUGGUUCUUUUCCGUAUGCAUACCUCCCUAUGGAUGUGAUGUAUCUAGUAGUCACAGGAAGAGAGGACAAGCCCAACGGAACAGCAGUUGUAAAAACAUAUGGCUGUUCACACUUACAUGUAACAGCUCAUCGUCAGAAGCAGUGAAGGCAGGAACUCAAGCAGGGCAGGAUCCUGGGGGCAGGAGCUGGUGCCCAGGUCACGGAGGGGUGCUGCUUACUGGCUUGUCUUUCAUGGCGUGCUCAGCCUGCUUUCUUACAGAACCCAGGACCCCCAGCCCAGGGGUAGCACCACCCACAAUGGGCUGGGCCUUCCUCCAUCACGAAUUAAGAAAAUGUCCUACAGCUGGAUCUCAUGGAGGCUGUUUCUCAACCGCAGUUCCCUCCGCUCUGAUGACUCUAGCUUGUGUCAAGUUGACAUAAAACCAGCCGGCACAAUAGAGAGCAGUUGUCGUGAGCUCAGAGAGGCCAAGCCCUGUCAUUUGUAGCCUCUACCACCUCAGGCAGAGAGCAGUCAGGUGGGACAUAUGUGGCCUCCUAGUCCCUCCCACCUUUCCCUGCAGCCAAAGGCAAUCAAGGGCUCCCCGUGCACUGACCCACGGCAAUCUCAAACUCCAACUUCACCCUCCUAUCUAGAGCCUUCUUGCUCCAUUGCUAACACUCAGAUUAGGUCACUAGUGUGGUGUGGAUCCCCCCACCCCGCAACCUCUAAGAGUCAGAAACUCCCUUCAAA